GAUGCGCUCAUAAUUUAGAAAAGGACUUGGAGGUGAUCAACACGCACAGCUUUCUGUUUUAGCAAUUGGACUUCCCAUGUUGAGUGUGUAGUGCAGUCCAAAUCUGCAGAAAGAGACUAGUUUCCCAGCUCCAAUUCACCGUGUGUUUGGUUGAAAAAUUCACUAGAGGUUAGCAAGGUAAUACGCUGCAACGCAGCAAGGAAAACACUUGAAAGCUGAGAAACAUUAUUUUAUAAGGAUGCAAGUCAUCAUUACAAGACAGCAUGCAAGCAAUGUGUGUCUGUGGCAGAUAGCAGAGAAUCUAGUAUGUGAUGCUUGACUAAGUAACUGGCUAUUGGACCGCCUAUUAACUGGCUGAAGGAAGGUAAGCCACACAGGUAGCAUGCUCUUCAGAUCUACGCAAUUCCAGCGACAGAUGAUUCAGAAGGAAUUCAUGCAUAAAAGCAUACUAAGAAUGUCUGGACGCUGCAGUAACUAGCGCUACAUUGAUAUUUGUAAGGUGCACUAACAAGCAAUGGCGUGGCAGUUGAUGAGCUCUUGUAGCUCUGUAACUGCCAUCGUAAAAUCGUGCACUAUCAUAUUUAACGUUGUGCUGAUCCUGCUGCAGAUCGUUGCAACCUCGGGAGCCACUCGGUUUCCAAGACCGCCCUUGUCGACCAACUCGAGAUGGGUGGUAGAUCGCUUUGGAGUACGAGUAAAGCUCUCAUGUGUUAACUGGGUGGGCCACUUGGAGCCUGGCAUCCCAGAAGGGUUGAACAAGAACACAGCUCGUGGAAUUGCAAUUCUCGUUAGAGCGACUGGGUUCAACUGCGUUCGUCUUACGUCGUCGACAUGGCUGUGGACGAAUGAUUCAUACGGGGGUCUCACUGUAGCGCAGAGCUUUAGCAAUCUGAACAUCACGUCUAGUAGCAUUGCACUGAGAGCUAUAAACCCCGAGUUGUACCCGCUGACAUUGAGGGAGGUUCACCACCAAGUGAUAAAUAUUCUGACAGCUCAAGGACUGAUGGUCAUCUUAGACAACCACGUCAGUAAGCCCCAGUGGUGCUGCGCGAGUAACGAUGGGAAUGGUUUCUGGGGAGACGAAUUCUUCGACGCAGAGACGUGGUUGAUGGGCCUCACCACAGUCGCAAGUGAAUUCAGCAACAACCCAUUCGUGGUAGCCAUGAGCUUGCGAAACGAACUACGAGGUUCUCGUCAAAACAGCUAUCUAUGGAGGGUGCUCAUGUCAACAGCAGCGCAAGCUGUCCACGACGUAAACCCAAAUAUCUUGAUCAUCGCUGGUGGGUUGAACUUCGGAACGGAUCUCUCAUUUUUGAAUAAGGGCGCUCUCGAAACCUCCCGGUUCCCAAACAAGCUGAUGUAUGAGUUUCACUGGUAUAAAACUUCUCGUCUGGCGCGAGGCGGAAACUUCAACAAUGCCAGUGAUCAGAACGCUUGCGCGAUAAGUCAGAGCAACGUUCACGCGGAUAAUGGUUUCCUCCUUGAAAAAAACGCACCUCUCUUGCUAUCCGAGUUUGGAAUCAACCUGGACUCCACGAACAUCUCUGAAACUCAGUUUUUGGAUUGCGUUAUUGAUUACCUGGAGAGGGCCGACCUGGAUUGGGCAUUCUGGGCGUUGCAAGGAAGCUAUUACUUGCGCGAUGCCGUGAGAGAUGCUGACGAAGUAUAUGGCCUACUGGAAUCGACUUGGAGAUCUUUCCGUAAUCCCACUGUCGUCUCAAGGUUGCGAUACACCAUCCAGAACUCUACCCAAGGUCCACAGAGGAAGCUGUAAAGAACCAGAAGCUGCUUACUCUAAUGCUACAUUACAACAGAAUACACCGUGCUUGUGAGAACCAACCUAUGUUAGCGGCAACACAGAUUAGGAGAAUUAUCUGGAUGCAUUAACUCCAGUGCAUUGAAUAAAGCAUUGGUAUCAGAUUGCAACACUGAUAGUUAAAAGACUUUUGGUACUAAUUUAAAUACUGUCUGACAGAUUUUUGUGAUGCAGAAGUUUUCUCGGCCCAUUCUUCCGUUACCAAACAUGAUUCAUUUAUGAUGUUGUGUCGAAAGUCCAAAAUAACUAAAUCUUUGAAAUUAUGUAGGUGAUCUUUGGAAUUGAUUCUAGCAGAAACUUGUAAAAGUAUCCAAUGGCUCGAAUAAAAACCGUUCUCAUCA